AAAUUCCAACAAUCAGUAUUUUGCCACACAAAGCCUCAUUUCCAUUGCUUCAGCUCCUUGCUAUCUACACGACACGACAUCCACAACCGCUAACUCCACCAGUUGUAACACCCAUACGCAUACCCACAAGGGCCAAGGCCACAACCAUCUACUUUCGCACCUUCCUCGCCACUUCGAGACUGACGGAACAACGCUAGUACGCUACCACCAUUGUCAUGUCAGCCCAAACUAUAGUUUAUAAUUUGAACUCUGACAAGUGACAUUUAAUUAUAAUCAAACUAAAUUUUGAUCCCACUAAUUCUUUCUGUUGCUUACCUCUAUCUCUCCUCCUUUCACUCUCUUUACUCCUCAUCAAACUUCAUUUUAUCUGUCAACUUCGAUCUAAUUCUCUUACAAUCCAUCAAAUUCAGUAAUCAGCAGCUGGGUGAUCUGAGCAAGUUGAUGGGUUGAUUUUGAUCUUUGCGGAAGGUUAAGUGACGCGGACAGGAGGAUGAAGGGGAGUAUUUUGGGGCUGAGGGCAACAAAGCUCUCUUUCAUCCUAAUUACUUUGGUUUGUACUAUGUUUCUAAUAUGGGGAUGGGACAAAACACCUUACCUUGUGUCAUUGCUUCCGCAGAGCCAAAGCCUUAAAUUUACUCCAGAAAUAUUUAUUGGUUCCCCUGUAAAAGACAUUCCUUCGGAUUCAUAUAUGAAGGACGCCGACAAUAACCGCUCCAAUUCUGCAAAAAAUGAAACAUCAGAUAAGCAUGAAGGAUAUGACGAGAAAAGCAAUAGAGAGGAUGGAAAAAACUCAAAGGAAAAAGUGUCGGAUGCAUCUGUGCCAGUGGGGUCUGCAAAUACAAGCUCAGUAGUGACCUGGAAGAGGAAAGGGAAUUUCUCAUCUCAAGAAAACAAGCAAACCUGCGAUUAUGCCAAAGGAAAUUGGGUUGCAGAUGAUGACCGGCCUUUCUAUUCUGGAGGUCGUUGCCUGCAAUGGCUGUCAGAGAUGUGGGCAUGUAGAUUGACAGACCGUACGGAUUUUUCAUAUGAAAAGUUCCGCUGGCAACCAAAAGAUUGUGAAAUGGAGGAAUAUAGUGGGAAGAAAUUUUUGAGAAGGAUGCGGAAUAAAACCUUGGCUUUUAUUGGGGAUUCCCUUGGCCGACAGCAAUUUCAGUCUUUGAUGUGCAUGGUAUCAGGUGGUAGAGUCAGAAAUGAUGUCAACGAUGUGGGUUGGGAGUAUGGCCUUGUCAAAGCCCGGGGUGCUGUACGCCCUGAUGGAUGGGCUUAUCGUUUCACCCGCACGAAUACAACCAUCCUCUUUUACUGGUCAGCAUGUCUUUGUGACCUGCAGCCUCUCCACCCAUCUAAACGGAACUCUGAAGUUGCGAUGCACCUUGAUCGUCCUCCAGCUUUCCUUAAACAGUACCUUGAUAGAUUCAAUGUAAUAGUUCUUAACACUGGACACCACUGGAAUAGGGGAAAGUUUGAUGGGAAUCACUGGGUCAUGCAUGUGGGAGGUGUACCUACCCCGAACAAGAGUAUGGUGGACGCGAAAAAUUUCACAAUCCACAGUAUAGUCAAGUGGGUGGAUUCACAGCUCCCAGAGCAUCCAAAAUUGCGGGCUUUCUAUCGUUCUUUGUCUCCACGACAUUUCUUCAAUGGAGAUUGGAAUACCGGCGGAUCUUGUGAUAACACUAAUCCACUCUCCAAAGGGAAAGAAGUUCUCAAAGAGGAGAGUGGUGAUCCAAUAUCUGCUAUGGCAGUAAAAAGGACUAACGUCACGUUUUUGGAUAUAACUGCUCUAUCCGAGCUUAGAGAUGAAGGUCAUCUAUCCAGGUAUACUAUUAGACCUAGGCAGGCGUCUGGACAAGAUUGCUUGCAUUGGUGUUUGCCUGGGGUUCCUGAUACAUGGAAUGAAAUCCUUUUCGCUAAGCUGUCAGCAUUAGGCAGAUUUUAGGGCUACCACCCUACAAAUUUUGGGCACUUUUAUCCUUCACCUUUAUUAUUGAGGAUAACACUUACUGCCCGUUUGGUAAAGUGGUAAUGGUAAUGAAUUCAUAUGUACUUUUGUACUGAAAAUAUCAUGUCAAUGUCCAUGAUAAGGCUUGUCGACCUCCAACUUGUAAUUUUCUUCAUAAAAUUCCAUGCCACUUUCAGUCAGUGUUUUGUGAUAAUGGAAAAUUGUGAAGAAAAUCACAUGUUAGGGGUUGAGAUUCCAUGGUAAUGAGAAGGGAGUUUUCCUUGCAAAUUAUGUAUGAUUAUAUUACCAUUACCGCCAUCUAGUACCGCCUAUCAAACGGGAAGUAAGAGUCCUAUAGGUACACCACCUCUUUUUGCUUUUUAUCGAAGGCUGCACGAGAUGAGAAUUCACAGAGUACAAGCAGCUAAACUCGGUUCAUCUGUGGCUUAUUGUACCACUUUUGCUCUUGCCUUGGUCAAUUGUGUGGUGGGUACUCAGAAGAUCAGAUGUUGCUUGUAGAAAAUAACUCCAGUUUGCAUACUAUAACAGUAAUAGAAGGGGAAUGUGGAUAAAUCGUAACGAACUGCAAGAUUAUGCGGUACUCUUGAGAGUUGAUAUUGCUAGCCUGUAUAAAUAGUGUUACAGAUAUUAUCACCUCAAAUUCCAACUUGAUUUUUGACUUGUAUACACAAACAUAGUGAUGAGGUGUACGUUCUUAUUCUUUAGUGAUUGAAUAUUUUUUUGGGUA